GGUCUGCGAUGGGUCUCGGGGUGGGUGGAGAGGUUUAGUCCCGUUUCGGCUGGGCUACGAGCGGCCAGCCGUGCGCCAUGCACUCGGGGAACGGCACGGGCACGACGAGCCGGCCGGAGCCCGCGGCGGCGGAGCCGGAGGCGCCGGGCGAGCGGCCCCUCUUCAGCGCCGGCACCUACGAGCUGCUGGCGCUGCUCGUCGCCACCAUCGGCAUGCUGGGCUUGUGCAACAACUUGCUGGUGCUGGUGCUCUACUACAAGUUCAAGCGGCUCCGCACGCCCACCAACCUCUUCCUCGUCAACAUUAGCCUCAGCGACCUGCUGGUGUCCGUUUUCGGCGUCAGCCUUACCUUCAUGUCCUGCCUGAGGAGCCGCUGGGUGUGGGACGCCGCCGGCUGCGUCUGGGACGGGUUCAGCAACAGCCUCUUCGGAAUUGUUUCAAUUAUGACUCUCACUGUUCUUGCCUAUGAACGCUACAUUCGAGUAGUCCAUGCCAAAGUGAUUGACUUCUCCUGGUCUUGGCGGGCUAUCACGUACAUCUGGCUCUACUCGUUAGCCUGGACUGGAGCACCUCUUUUGGGCUGGAACAGAUACACAUUGGAAAUUCAUGGAUUAGGUUGCUCAGUGGACUGGAAGUCAAAAGACCCCAAUGAUACCUCUUUUGUGCUCCUUUUUUUCCUUGGCUGUCUAGUUGUACCUGUUGGCAUCAUGGCUUAUUGCUAUGGCCAUAUUCUAUAUGCAGUAAGAAUGCUUCGCUGUGUGGAAGAUUUCCAGACUGUUCAAGUGAUCAAACUUCUAAAAUAUGAAAAGAAGGUGGCUAAAAUGUGUUUCUUAAUGAUCUCAACAUUCCUUAUUUGUUGGAUGCCCUAUGCAGUGGUCUCCCUCCUGGUAACAUAUGGCUAUAGCAACCUUGUAACUCCAACAGUAGCUAUCAUCCCGUCUUUCUUUGCCAAGUCAAGCACCACUUAUAAUCCAGUCAUCUAUAUCUUCAUGAGUAGAAAGUUUCGACGAUGUCUUUUGCAACUCCUGUGCUUUCGCCUGAUGAGAUUCCAGAGGACUGUGGAAGAAACACCAGCAACAGGGAAGGACAAACCAAUACGACCAAUAGUUAUGUCUCAGAAAGCAGGGGACAGGCCAAAAAAGAAAGUGACUUUCAGCUCUUCUUCCAUAAUUUUUAUUAUCACCAGUGAUGACGCUCAGCAAAUAGAUGACAACAGUAAACACAAUGGGACAAAAGUAGAUGUCAUCCAAGUAAAGCCACUAUAGGGAUGAGCUAGAGAGACGUGAGAAUGAGAUGGACUUCAACCAGUAGACUGUUUAGGUUGGAGACCAGUUUCAGUGGCAGUGUCUGUGGGCUGCCAAAGGAAACCACAUUCUUAAGCUGUGAAAUACCGAAGGGAUUCUGCAUCUGAAGCUCUGCAGGCAGUUCAGUUUUGGUCACAGUACUGAAAUCUCUGCAUCUGUGCCAAAAUUGCUGAUGGAUGUCUUUACUCUGAAUUUUUCUUAAAGCAUAUUAUAGGAUUGCUGUUCACAAGAACUUGGUUGAGCUGAAGGAAUGUGCUGACAGAAAUGUUACAGAGUUCAGCAAGGGCAAGCGCGGAGUCCAGCGCUUGGAAAGGAGGAACAAUGCUGCAGCACAGCAGGCUGGGCCCUGGCUGCCUAGGAUGCAGGUCUGUGGAAAAAGAUGUGGAGUCCUGUUGCUCGAUGAGCAGGGCAUGAGCCUGCAGUGUGCCCUGGCAUCAAGGAAGGGCACCAGCAUCUCAGGCUGUACUGACAGGAUUGAAGGCAGUAGUCUGAAGUGAUUAUGUCUUGACUCAGCCCUCACUAGGCCACAUCUAGAUACUGCACCCAGUUUUGAGACCCCAGUACAAGAAGGAGAUCUGUAAACUCCGGUGAGUUCAGUGGAGUCCCCCCAGAUUGUCAGGGGUUGCAGUACUUGGCCUGUAAGGAGAGGCUGGGGGAGCUGCACUUGGAACUGGAGAGGAAACAUCUUCAGGGAAGCGUAAUAUCAACCUUCCAGUAGAGGUGGUGAGGUCUUCAAUAAGAUGGAGCCAGGCUCUUCAGGGUGAUUCACUGUGGAAGGAUCACAGACAAGCAUGAACUGAAAUGAGAGAUUUGGAUGGGAUAUAGAGAAAAGCUUUUUCACCCCAAGGACAGUCAAGCAGUGGAACAAGUCAAGCUAGAGAUUUCCUGAGUUUCCUUCCAGUUUCAGCUAUCCUGUGAUCCUUGAACUGCCGACAUUCCCAGUGCACACAGUUAUCGGGGGAGGAUGGAGAAAUGCUUGAAGAUGGCUGCAGUUUAGUUGGCCUGAAUUAGUGUUUUUCGGGGUGGGGAGAGGGAAAAGUGAUGUUGACGGUGACUGGGGUCAUGGUUAAACCAGAAGCCCCCAGAAAACUGUUCCUGUGUACUCAGCAAGCUGUUCUCUUGGUGCUACAUAGUAGGACCCCUGAGCUACAUAGUGUAGAAAAUCAUGCAAAUCAAAGCACCAAUGAGAAGGUCAAUGAAAAGGGAGGAUUGGAUUUUUUUUUUUUGUUACGAUACGUGCUUUGUGCAUCUUUAUCUUGCAUCCAUUUAUUCUAUACUUUGACCAGGAACAUCAUCCUAUAUUAAUGUCAAAGCUGCACUGGCACUCAAAGUAAUGGUUAGAGAAGAGCAGGGUAAUUUUUGCCUAAGUUGCAGUGUGAGUAAGGAUUGUCUUACUUGGAGCUCAGUAAAACGGACUGAUGGAGAUUUUUCUUGGGUUUUUUCCUCUCACCUUUGUAAGUGUUGCUGGUACAAAGUGGCAACAGGAUUCUGCCCCAGACACGACUUCCUGUCAGCAUUGGGUGAGUAAGUUAGAGAAGUAAUUUUGAAUUAUGGUGGCUGGUUCUCUACCACAUCCGUUGCACCGGUAUAAUUUCUCUGCCUCAGUCUGCUAAAUGGGCAGCGUGAUUCUGCAACAUGCAGCUUUUUCAUCUCUGUGAAAGCUGUAAGAAAAGAAGUUAAGAAACUGCUUGCUUCCUCUGGGGGCAAAUCUUCUGAGCGGUAUAAAGGGAACGUGCUAAAUAACUGUUGGCACUGUAGCCAUUGGUCCUGCAGUCAAGAAUAAAACUUAAAAUAAAUAGAGAAAAAAUCAGGGUCUAAAUGUAGAAGCUUUCAGCUAGUUCCUGAGUAGGGAGUGACCUCAACUCAGAAGUGACUGACUUUGUGCUUGUGCCCAUGCUUUUGAAGCAGCCCAUUUGUUAUAUGUGCACCCCUCUAGAGCUUUAGCACUGGUAAACUGGCUCUCUGUUGUGUUUAAAAGUGCAUCCAGAAUCUACUCUUGUUUCUAGAUUAAACCACAUAGAAAACAGAUAAUAAAUACUUUUUCUUUCAUAUUUAUUAUUUUUGGUUUGCUACAAAUGCAUAGAUAAGUUGUCUUACCAUGUCAGAGAUCUGUCCUUGCUGAAGCAUGUUCACUGCAAUGUCAAGAACUGUAUUUUCAGCCAGUGAUCACAUCUAUGCACACAUAUAUUUACGAAGGGAGAUAGAUGUGCAUUAGCAUACCAUGUAAUAAUUCCAUCCUUUUAACAAAAUGUUUGACAUUUUUAGUGUUUUAGUGUUUUCUGUAUGUUGAGCCUUCAAUGAGUGAUUAAAUGUACCUUAUUUAUAUCAAUGUGUUCUCGGUGAAAUAUUUUUUUCCUCACUGAGAGGGAGAUGGUUUGGUAUUGUCACUUGUUGGAUGCAGCUUGAAGGGUAGCAUUAGGGCCUGAGAGAACAAUAGCAUUUCAGGAUUCCAGUUGACCUUUUCAAAGAACAAGUAUAGGGUCUGUAAGGAGAAACUAUCCACUGUUCAGAUUUAUGAAGGUAAAAC